GAAGCUUUAAACUUCAGACUUAGAGGUGGGCUGCGCGCAGUCAACUGGAUGCUCUCGCGCGCAGUCCUCAGCGCAGGAGUGAUCUGAAGCAGGACGGGCUCAGGCUGCAGCUGCUGUGGCUUUGUGUGCACUGGAUGCCGCGCUCCGGAGACGGGGGAGGGUUUUUACUUCAACUCACAGGCAAUGGAAUUACAGCUGUAGCAGCAGGGUAUAAAGGAUUGCUUUUUCCCUCGUCUUCCUGGAGGUGCUCAGUCCGGCCCACUGUAAGGAAGGAAGAGAAAUAAAAAGGGAAUUUCGUGUGCUUCCUUCUCCCUCCAUGAGGACUGCUUGCACUGUGUCCUUUGCUCCUUAAAAGAGAGUCCACCCGUUCUAGUAGAAGGGGACUGAAACGGAAAUACUGAGAAAGCAGCAAGAAGCAGAAGACAUAGCUAUUUCACAGCAGUAACAGAAGCUGCCUGCUAUAAUAAAGACCUCAACACUGCUGACCAUGAUCAGCCCAGCCUGGAGCCUCUUCCUCAUUGGGACGAAAAUUGGGCUAUUCUUCCAAGUGGCACCUCUGUCUGUUAUGGCUAAAUCCUGUCCAUCUGUGUGUCGCUGUGACGCAGGUUUCAUUUACUGUAAUGAUCGCUCUCUGACAUCCAUUCCAGUGGGAAUUCCGGAGGAUGCUACAACACUCUACCUUCAGAACAACCAAAUAAACAAUGUUGGGAUUCCUUCAGAUUUGAAGAACUUGCUGAAAGUGCAAAGAAUAUACCUGUACCACAACAGUUUAGAUGAAUUUCCUACCAACCUUCCAAAGUAUGUGAAAGAGUUACAUUUGCAGGAGAAUAACAUAAGAACUAUCACGUACGAUUCACUUUCGAAAAUUCCCUAUCUGGAAGAGUUACACUUGGAUGAUAAUUCAGUCUCGGCUGUUAGCAUAGAAGAGGGAGCAUUUCGAGACAGCAACUAUCUGCGGCUGCUUUUUCUGUCCCGUAACCACCUUAGCACAAUCCCGGGAGGCUUGCCCAGGACUAUUGAGGAAUUACGCCUAGAUGACAAUCGCAUAUCAACUAUCUCUUCCCCAUCGCUUCACGGUCUCACAAGCCUGAAACGCCUGGUUUUAGAUGGAAACUUGUUGAACAACCACGGUUUGGGUGACAAAGUUUUCUUCAACUUAGUAAACUUAACAGAACUGUCCCUGGUGAGGAAUUCCUUGACAGCCGCACCCGUGAACCUUCCCGGCACGAGCCUGAGGAAGCUUUACCUUCAAGACAACCAUAUCAACCGGGUACCCCCAAAUGCUUUUUCUUAUUUAAGGCAGCUGUAUCGACUCGAUAUGUCCAAUAAUAACCUAAGCAAUUUACCUCAGGGUAUCUUUGAUGAUUUGGACAAUAUAACCCAACUGAUUCUUCGCAACAAUCCUUGGUAUUGUGGGUGCAAGAUGAAAUGGGUACGAGACUGGUUGCAGUCACUACCUGUGAAGGUCAAUGUGCGUGGGCUCAUGUGCCAAGCUCCAGAAAAGGUCCGUGGAAUGGCUAUCAAGGACCUCAGUGCAGAACUGUUUGAUUGUAAAGACAGUGGGAUUGUGAGCACCGUUCAGAUAACCACCGCAAUACCUAACACAGCAUAUCCUGCUCAAGGACAGUGGCCAGCUCCUGUGACCAAACAACCAGAUAUUAAAAACCCCAAGCUCACUAAGGAUCAGCGAACUACAGGCAGUCCCUCACGAAAAACAAUUUUGAUUACUGUGAAGUCUGUCACCCCUGACACAAUCCACAUAUCCUGGAGACUUGCUCUGCCUAUGACUGCUUUGCGACUCAGCUGGCUUAAACUGGGCCACAGCCCAGCCUUUGGAUCUAUAACGGAAACCAUCGUAACAGGAGAACGUAGUGAAUACUUGGUCACAGCUCUAGAACCUGAAUCACCCUAUAGAGUAUGCAUGGUUCCCAUGGAAACCAGUAACCUUUACCUGUUUGAUGAAACUCCUGUUUGUAUUGAGACUCAAACUGCCCCUCUUCGAAUGUACAACCCCACAACCACCCUCAAUCGAGAGCAAGAGAAAGAACCUUACAAAAAUCCAAAUUUACCUUUGGCCGCCAUCAUUGGUGGGGCUGUGGCCCUGAUAUUGAAGUUAUGAACCAUUUACUUUGUGUUCUACUGAGUAAGAUGACUUGUUGACUGUGAAAGUGAAUUUUCUUGCUGUGUUGAACAAUCAGGACUGCGUUCACUUGAGAUCCUUGUAGAAUAAGCACAGGCCGUUUUUCACUUUGGUAUUGAUACAAUGUAAAAAAAGAAAAAGAAAAAAAAAGAAACCUGGCUGGAUGACAAAAUAAAUUUUAAAAACUAGUUAUGAAAUAAUGUUCCAAUGAUUAAAUUUGUAUUAUCCCAGUGGUAUUUAAUAAGUCAAAAUCUGUGACGUAAUGGGCAGUAUGGAACUUGCUGCACCUCUCAUUUAACCCUAGGCAAAUUAAAUAUCCUCAAGGAAGUUAAGCAUAGUUUCUGAACUGAAUACAUCGGCUCACAUAAAAACAGUGUGAAGUAGUCGGCUCUCAGAGCCGCUGUCGGCAGAGUUUCAAGAAUAAAGACCUUCACGAGAACAGACAUGUAAGUGCAGGGAGUAUGUGUACUUAAAACAAAACCAUGACAACUUAGACUUGUGUAGUGUAAUCAAUACAUAUACUAGAACUGCAUCUUGGUUUUGACCUGGACCAUUCAGGCUCCUGAAAAAGUUGAAUCCUAAACACAGAAUUGUUAGUGUUUAUCGUGUUUUUAUUAUAAAGGAUGUCGGAGAACAACUGUCUGCGUAGUUAAGAAGGUAGUGUAACCAUCAGCGACUCCUCUCAGCGGUCCAGAGAGAAGUAGUGCUUUAAGUAAGAAUUUCAGAGAAAAAUAAACACUAGAUAUCAAAUUUAGAUCUGGCUUAUAUGAGAUGCUUGAACACUGUACAUAAAUAUUCAAUUUACUUUCACCAUGGUGGCGAAUACUGCCCAUUACUGUCACAGUUCGCCAGAUAUUACAUAAUGGACUUGUAAUGUAACAUUUCUUUACAGCUUCCUACUGAAUUGUGAGCUAUUACUUGUUUAAAAACCAUACCACUUUUUGUUGCCAUGAUUUUUUUUUUCAACAAUGAAAGAAAAAAAAAAAAAAACCAACCAAAGUGCACUGUACGCCCUUUGGCCAGUCUUGUAUGUGCCUUGAUCCAACGCUACAUGUAUUCAGCUUUUGAAAUUCGACAAAUUUUUCAUACUUCCUUAAAUAUGAAAAAUUAUGGUCUUAUUGCUGAAUAAAACUUAAGAAAAACACAGAAUAAUUGUGCUUGCUUUCAGGACUAUGUUACCAUCACUAAAAGUAGAAAAUUGCCAGCACAUGAGUCCUAAACAACCCCAUGUAUUUUUCUAGGCAUAAAAAUAAAAGUUGGGUACAAAUAAAAGAAAUAGCGGUA